AUGUCCACCACCGACGCUCUGCUGUCGCGAAAGCAUAAUUUAUUUGAAAGCCAUAUCGUGGAAAUGAAGAAUACAAGUGGAAGAGGAUGGGACUUAGCACUAGCCUACCACAAUCGUUCUCAUGUGCCUACACCUCCGGGCACUUAUACAAACACUGGAGAGAAACUGACUGCUAGAACACCACUAAUAUCGAUUGGCAGACAGAUAAAAUGGGCAUCACGUGGUCCUCAUCCAAGAAGAUUCUGGAACAGAGACACUGCUCCCAGCAACCAACACUGGUUGUUUCUUGGCCGGAAAGCUGCCUUUGACUCUGUGGACCGCCAAGCAUUAUGGCAGUGUCUGUGGAGCAAAAGUGUCUCUUAUAAAUUCUUGACGCUGAACGCCAACUCCCGCAGCCGUGUAAACGUCUACGGGAAGCUCUCGCCUGAGUUCACCACAUCAAGUGGUGUCCGACAGGGUUGUCCUCUUUCACCUCUCCUCUUCAACUUCGUCAUUGAUACGAUCACGGAAGACUCACUAUCAGCCUCUAAUGCCUAUGGAGUCGAAGUGUUCCCUGGGCCUCCGCUCACAGACAUCGAGUACGCAGACGACAUAGCUCUUCUGGGGUCUGAUCCCGUGGCAAUGCAAGCAAUAUUAAAUGGUCUAAAUAAUUCUGCCUCGCGGUUCUAA